UGUCACUAAAGAUAACCUUAACUGCCCCCUACAGCGUCACUCUCAGACUCCAGCACACCUCCAUCCUGUGAAAGUGUGCAGGUGACCGCGCCGGCUGUUUGGCCUGUAAUCAGCCUGGUGAACAUGUCCGUAUCGGCUUUCCGCCAGUGCCUUGAGCUCAUCGGUCAAGAUCCGUCCUUUACCUCUGACCAGCUCUUGCUACUGCUCCACAAAACCAAAGAGGUGUAUGGAGCUGUUUCCUCUUUCACACCAUCAGUCAUCGCUCAGCUGGGUCGCAUCGCCACACAACUUUCUCUGGAUGAACUGUCGUCGCUUAAACUGUCUGAAAUCCUCUCUUUUGCACCUUUGGGAGCUGUUAGCACCUGGACCAGAAAGCAGUUGGGAGUUUUGUUCUCCACUGUGUUGAACUUGACCAAACAAAACCCAGGCCAGCUGAAUUCCAGCUUUUUAGUAGCUCUGGGACACAUCAUUUGUGGGAUUGAAGCUCCUGUCAUCAACACUCUCAAUCCUGUAGAAUUCAGUAAGGCCGUGUUGUGGUUGGGGCGUCUGAAUCUAUCGUGUUCUGAGGAUCAGCUGCAGGCCGCCGUCUCUCUGCUCUGCAACACUCAGGUGUUUGGACCCGUAAGCUCCUGGGGUCCAGAGGUGUUUCUUGAGAUCGGAGCAUUCACUGCUGGAAUUCCUGACAUGGCCAUGUCUGCCCUGGCGAAGGAGCAGAUAGAGGGUAUCACACCACUCGCCAUCUCUCUCAUUGCAGCCAAAAAGUUUGCGGUGGUGUUUAAUCAAGAACAGAUCAGCGUGUUCUCAUACGAGCAGGCUGUAAUGGUGACCGAGGCUCAGCGUUCAAUGCUCAGCACUGUUCAGCAGACUGCACUGUCCAUGGUGCUCAACCCACUCGAGGACAAACCCGUGGAUUUCAGAGGCAGGUCAUUAGGAGUAACAGCUGAAGUCUGUCCUUUCUGCCACGUCUGCAGUCUGGUGGUGUACAUCCUGACGCUCCUCCUCAAUGGUCCAUGAUUGAACGCAAAACAAAAAAUUAUUUAUGAAGCCUGUGCAAUAUUCUGUAUACGAUUUCAGCACUUUAAUUCGUUCACUGUAUAAUUAUUGAAUAAUAUUUUGAUCAUCAUUGGAAAUGUUAUCUAUUUAUUCAUUAAUUCUUCUAUUUAUUGCUGUGUAUGUCCACACCAAAAAUUAUUAAAUUGUUCUGUGUCUUUCCAUAAAUUAUAUUUUUCUUUAUUAAGAGUAAUGCUAGUACAGCUUGGGAAGCAAGAGCUAUUUUAUUUGUGUUUAUUUUUAAUGUCGUAUUUUGUUCUGAAUAUAAGUAAUGUGACCCGAUUCCAUGCCUCAGAUGGUGUAGCUGAGAUGCAAGUGAGGUUACAUUUCACUAAUUAUAGCAUGCUGUAAUGUAAUGUGUGAUGUUAAAUUUGCUUAAAUAUCAGUGUUCGUGGAUAAAUAUUGUGAAAAUC